UUCGAACCGUAGGCCUACACUGGUACAUUCUCCGCUGUAGGAAAACCCUAGAUGCCUCUGAUCUGAUCCCGAUCCCUUCGCUCCCCUCCCAGCCUUUGGAAGCUUCCUCCGCGGUGGUGCUGGAUUGUAGCAUAUAUGUAAUCGGUGGGUUAAUAAAGGGAGAGCAGCGCACUUCAGAUGUCUGA